ACAGGAGAUGACGGAAGAAGACCAGAUCGCUAGGGCGAUUCAGGAGAGCCUGUCGGAUCCGAUUCCGUCUGGCUCUGCUGCUAACAGUAGUUAAGGCUCCUUUCGCCAAUGAUCCAUCUACUUCGGAAGGACUAGUAUCCUGAGACAAAACUGUUUUAAAGCAGGCGAACAAAAGUAGGUCCUAUUCUGUUUUUUUCUGCUUAUUUGAGGAUGGAUUUAUAAAAGGUCUAAAUUGGUAGUGGUACUGCGACAAGUCACAACGUUUUUGUGUCUCCGAACGGUCGGAAAGUCAAGGUAGAUCAGCCAGUGGACGCAGCACGACCUUCCGAACCUUUGUUUCCUGAGUCCGAGAUCGACACCCGUGUCAAUUAAGGCGACCGCUGAAGCAUCCGCAGCUCCAUCCCUGGCUUCUUUUUCAAGGAGAAAAAGGGCUCAGGGAUGGACUCAAGGAUGCGACGCGGUAGCUCUAAGUCCAGGUGGAGGUGCGUCGCCGGAUGUUGGACUGGGAAAAGACGAAUCUUUACGACGCCAAGAUUGGAGGGCAGCUUCCAAUGAGCACUGUUUUGGGGUAUUACGGAGCCGAGUAUGCAGAGGAAUACAUGCAAGAGGGGAAGGAGCAAGCUC